GAUGUCCCUGACACCAACAGAGGCACGGCUGCACCGACAGGCUCGACAGGCGCUAAAAGAAGUGGCGCUUGCGGCGGAUGUCGCUGCAGACCCGAACAGGAGCGGCUUAUCUCCGGAGGCCAGGAAGACCCUGGCCGACGUCUCAUGCAUAG